ACUGCUUUCGGACCUGGAGGAUCUGGGUAUGGUGACAUAGUGAGUUGCACUCACUAACUCCUAGGGCAUCUCGGGAAGGCGAGGGACCUGGUGAAAGGGGGCAGCCAUGGUGAGAACCUGGUGGAGGACUGAGGCCUCCAAGGAACCGCAGUCAGAACGGGCCCCACCAUGCUGUGAUCACUGAGACAACCUGCCAGGAGUGGUGGCUGAGCUGCUCCUUUAGUUCCUGCUUGUGAGUCCCAGAGGGAUUUGAGGUGUCAAGUUUGAGUAGCAUAGGGGAUGUGCCCUGGCCCUGCCAGCAGGUGAAAUGAUGGCCCUAAGAGUGAACGUAGAAGAACCCCGUAUAACCCAGUACAGAGUCCAUCGUGCCAGGCCCUGCUGUCACCCCGGUAAGCCACAAGCAGAGCUGACAAUCUACAACCUAAACUUUUCUCUAAUUUCCUCUACAGGGUCCUGACCAGGACAGUAGGAGCCUUGUGGGGUCCUAGAGCAGUGCCCUCCAAGAAUCCUGCAAAGGCGGCGUUUGUUAAAGCCAAGGAGGCAUCUCUCUGCUGCAGGGGUGCACAGCCUCUCAGCCUCCCUCCUCCAGUGGGCCCACACCGCCUUUCCUCCUUACACUCCUGCCUGCUGUCCUUGACUAGAGUCGUCAAUGCCUCGUGGUCACAAGAGUAAGCUCCGUGCCCGUGAGAAACGUCGCCAGACCCAAGGUGACGCCCACAGUGCCGAUGGUGCUCAGGCAAUUGCAGCAGAGGAGGAAGGGUCCCCUUCCUCUUCCUCUCCUCCUUUUGAGGGGUCUCCCCCGAGCUCCCCUGCUACUGCCGUUCCCCAGGGGCCUCAGAGCAUCCCGCCCAUCACCACUGGUGCUGCUGGUGCUUCGAGCACAAGAGCUGCUGGAGGGGCCGAGGGCCAAGAUGAGGGAGGUCCAAGUUCCUCUGCGGCCCCAGCCCCCACUGAGAGGUCUCAAAGAGACCCCGUAACCCGGAGGGUGAGCAUGUUGUUGCAGUUCCUGCUGUACAAGUAUAAAAUGAAAGAGCCCAUUACGAAGGCAGAAAUGAUGAAGAUCGUCAACAAAAGGCACAAGGAGCACUUCCCUGACAUCCUGAGGAGAGCCUCUGUGCACCUGGAGGUGGUCUUUGGGCUUGAGCUGAAGGAAGUCGACUCCAAAGGUGAAUCCUAUGCCCUUGUCAGCCAAUUGGAGAUCAGCAAGGAAGAGAAUUUUAUUGGUAGCAGGGGGUUUCCCAAGAAUGGGCUCCUGAUGCCUCUCCUGGGCAUGAUCUACAGGAAUGGCGACCGGGCCACCGAGGAGGAGAUGUGGGCAUUCCUGAAUGUGCUGGGGAUCUACAUUGGGAAGUGGCAUUUCAUGUUUGGGGAGCCCAGGAAGCUCAUCACCAAAGAUUUGGUGCAGGAAGAGUACCUGGAGUACCGGCAGGUGCCCAGCAGUGAUCCUCCACGCUACGAAUUCCUGUGGGGUCCCAGAGCCCACACUGAAGCCAACAAGAAAAAAGUCCUGGAGUUUUUGGCCAAGAUCAGUGCUACCGACCCCGGUGCGUUCCAAGCCGUGUAUGAAGAAUCUGUACGAGAUAUAAAAAAGCAGACUGAGCAAGCAGUGAACCAAGGAAGCACAGGUAGGGGAAGAUUGGUACCACGCCACCUAAGUUUUCCAAGGAACCAAGAAACAAGCUGAACAAAGACAAGAACCUUCCCCCAGAGCCAACAGAGAGAACAAGCCUUC